CUGCGGCACUUCACUAUCCUCGAGUGUCAACAUGGCGUCGACGCUCGUCAUCACGUCGCGAGAGCCGGGCUGACUAACGACAGCAGCCUCUGGCUCAAUAAACCUAUCCUCCCCAGUCGAGAGCAGUCGCAAUGGCCUCGAACGGCCCGUACUAUCAAGCUGUCCAGGCGCAUGAUCAACCUGUGUCGGACGAGAUGCGCCUUGCUCAAGGCAUCCUGGACUACACAGCCUCGGCACCUCAAGCAUCCAUGUACCCGGAGCCCAACUCGGAAUAUCAUCAUGCUCAGCAGCUCGCUUCAGAACAGGACGCCGAAGACCACGCUCAGCUGCAAGGACUCGUUGAGGCUGCCACCAGUGCCGCCGCUCAAGAGCAGAUUCGCCAACGCAACCAACAACUCCAAUUCGCACACUCGGACCAGGAUCUAGCUUCCCUGUUGCGCGAACCCUCUGCCAGGAUCUCGACGUCCAAACGGAAGCGAUCCAUCUCGCUUGACAAUGACGAUCCUGCUUCUGCAAGUGAUUCUUCCAAGCGCCAAAGACACUCUGAAGACCACGGCCAUCAUUCCCCACACCUCGAUGCUCGCGCAGCUGGCGUCCAUUCGGCCGCUGCUCUGUUCCGACCUGCCUCCGAUUCUUCUAAGAAAUACACUCGGCCUCCAAUGUCCAAACUAUUCACCUCGCUCGAACUGUCACCGGAAAACUUCUUGUAUCUGCAGGCCGCUGCGAAACAGUACAUGCUCAACGCCGACUAUCCUGACCGCCAGGCAUGCGUAGGAAACAGGGGAAGAGGUGACAAUGAAAUGGUCAAGGCCAGGAUGUAUCAGUGUGUGCGCGAAUUUCUGGAAGCCGAGGGCUGGGGAGAGAAAUACUUUGGCGAGAACGCGCCUCCACCAAACGACGGAGAAGCCAAUGCACCGCCUCAGCCGCGUCGCUACAUAUGGCCUCGUGACAGAGACCGCAUCAUCGCUCUUUGCACUCCGCUGCUACGCCGUAUGGUCACGAACGAACGCCAGAGACAGUAUGCUAUUGAGACACGCAAGGGUGGCAAGCAGGACAAGCCUCUUCAGGAUGGCCCUGAUCCUCAGGCCCACCGUUCUGCUCAGGACCCGGAUGGCGUUUCCAUGUCCGCACAUGAUGGUCAACAAGAGCCAUAUGACUCGCGCUUGGACGCCAUGCCAGCUUACCACCUCUAUCUACUAGCCCCUGAGACUGGCCAGCUAGUGCGAGAUCGUAUUUCUUUUACCAUGGAAGAAGACUUCAGCUGGCAAUGGCUGGUCGACACACUGGUUAGCAACUGGUGCAGUGCCCUACAGAUCGUCCAGCCCCCUCCUGAUAUUGCUGCCAAUAUACUCGAGCAAUUCACCAUCAAAGUGCUCACCUCAUCUGGUCUGACUACUGUCUCUGGCGAAGGCGAAUGGCAGCUGGCUGUUCAGGACAUACGUCAAACCAUUUGGCUCGACAGUACUGUCAAAGUCGUUGCGGAGGGUCCACCUGCACCAUAGAGCCGUGCAAUUUCUCUCUUCAUCGUGUCCUGGUCAAUUGUGGCGGUGUCUCCUUGUUGUGAUAGAAACAUAGCGUCGACGCUUUACAGAACUAGAUAUCCAAGUCUUCAUUGCAAAGGGCUUUGUGCCACAUGCUAUCUGUCAGUCAUGUCAUCUCA